AUGGCUUUAUGUCGCGCCGGCCGCUUCGACCUAAUCCUUUACAUCCCUCCACCAGAUAUUACGGCUCGGACAAGAAUUUUGGAGUUGGAGUUGAGGCGCCGCGGCUGUUCUAUAGCUGAUGGUCUCGAGGUUCCUUCUUCCGAAGUUGCUAAGCCAUCUAAGAUUUCCUCCUCAUCUCACUCAUCUCACUCAUCUCAUUCCUCUAUCUCUACCUCCCUUUCCACUUCCUCCACUUCCUCCACUUCUUCCACUUCAUCUUCCUUUUCUUCGUACUCUCAAACCGAUCCAAUCCUCUCCUCUUUUGCCUCCCCGGUCAACCACAGCCUCUGCCCUCCCCUCCCUUUAGCCCUCGAGCAAUCUUUGUCUGGCUCUGAAAUGCCAGUUCCCUUAUGCUCGCUUUGGCUGGCAUCAUUCGCCCGAGAACAGCUGACUGAUUUCACUGGGGCCGAAAUUGUCCAGCUGGUCUGCAGAGCAGCUGAAUUA